AUGGUUGGUUAUUUACAUAACCUCUCACCUAUAAAGACAAGCCAAAACAAGAAUCAAUAUUUCUCGCUAAAUUUCCAGACAAACUCUCAAGUGUAUCGUGCUGUGUGCUUCUCCCCAGAGAAGCAUUCAGUGCUCAAGCGCAAGCUCGAAUCUUCAUCACCAGUCAAAAUAAACAGAUUCCAGUUGAAGAAAAACCUGAAGACUGAAAAGGAGGAACUGAUUCUCAACAAGAGAACAAGAAUUGAAGAUCCUGACGAAAAUGAGAUGGAUUUCGACGUUCAGAAAAUACAAGAAGAAACCGUGGAAGCUGUAGACAGCUCAGUAGAAGAAAUUCAGGACAAACAAAACAGUACCCUCGUAAACAUUGCUGGCCGUGUCUUAUUCAAUGGCACGCCUGAAACUGUGGAAGUUCGUGGAAAAACUUUAAUGAAACAAGAAGCAAUGUUUACAGAUAACAGUGGUUCUCUCCGUCUGGUCUUGUGGGAACAAGACACAAGAAAGAUGAAAUCUGGGCAAUGUUACAAUUUAGCAAAUGUUGCCAUCAAAGAAUUUAAUGGAACAAACUACUUAACAUUGACCAAAUACAGCAAUGUAACUGAAGCCACCAAACUGAAUAUAACUCGACACGAUGAAAUUCCAGACAACAUUCAACAAGUGCAAGUGCGAUUCCCACCAGACGGAAUUAACUUUGUUCAGUCAUAUCUAAGCUGCAACAAAUGUCACUCAAAGGUCAUAGACAGUGACAAGAAAAUAAUAAAAUGCUCCGAGUGUGGCCUAACACAACUGAAGACCAAAUGUCGUAAUAAAGUUAUGGCAAGUAUUUUAACAAUCACUGCCAAAGACACAAUGUCCUUAAACAUAUUUGACGAUAUUAUUAAACAACUGUAUGCCAUCAAAAGAGCACAGGAUCCAGACUUCGAGAAAGAAUUUCCAGACCUCAAUGAUGAUGACAUUACUGAACUCAUUCUUACUGUUGAAGCAACUGUUGUAUUCAAAGACAAAAGUGCCAAAGAAGUAAUCGCAUCAGUGUAA